AUGUCCUCAAAAGAAAAGGUGUGUUCAGAUCCGGGAGAACCGCCUCGUAGCGGUUCCCGGUGUCAGGAUGUAGAAGAACUGGAAGAUGAGCUGAGUAACACGAAGCACAUGCUGGAUCAGCUGCGUGUCGUGAUGAAGAAGAGAGAAGAAAAUUCAUCGAAGUCGAAAGUUGAAGCUGAGGAAAUCAUCAAGAAGCUGAACAAGGUGAAGCAGCGACAAAAAGCCCGAGUUCGAAAUCUGAAGUCACGUAUUGUCGAACUGGAGCAUGAGUCUAGCCCUCCAAUGGUUGAAGAAGUUUCGUCUUCCGCGAGAAAACCGGAGUCCGAAGAAGAAAUUUCGCUCUUUAGCGAUACAGUUGCAUCUGACUUUCCAGAUGACGACGACAAAAUGUCCGUGAUUUCUGACAUAUCUCUGGCUGAAUCCGUGGAUACGUCACAGUUCUCAACAUCUAGCGCCAUGAUGACUCGCCAGCUGACGGAAUCGAGAGAAAAAUGUGUGAAGAAACUCCGGGAGGAGAAGCGGAAGUUGGAGGAACUUUCUAGGAGGAUGGAAGAGACAAUACGUUUAAAAAACCAGGAGUUCGCCGAACUUCAAAAGCCGACUGUCGUUGACCCACUUCCGGAUUCCAGUAAACUUGGUUCGAGUGUUCGUCAGAUCAUCGCCCUCGAAAAGGCGCUGAAUGGAAUGAAAGCGCGCAAUUCGGAGUUGGAGAACAACAUUUUCGGUUUAGAAGAAACUGUGAGAGAAAAGGAUAAAAUCAUCGAAGCCAGAACUCAAGCUGUUGCCCUUAUGUCUGAAAACCUUACCAAGAAAAACAAGGAAAUGUCGGCUGCUCUGGAGGACACUCGAAAGGAAAUCGUAACCAUGCAAGACCAAUUUUUAGCCAAACAGGAAGCAUGGGACCUGGAACGUGAACAGAUCCUGAAUGACCUGGAUCAGGAAAGCCAAAGAGCUGCAAAACUGGCUCAACAGGCACAAGUAUUGGAAGCUGUUCGAUACGAUUUGAGUAUUCGGAAUGCAGAUUUGCAAGAAAAAAUUGUGCGUAUGCAAGAUGAAACUGAAGAUCGCAUCCGUCGUUUGGAAAAGGAUUAUCAAGAGGAUUUCGAAGAUUUGGAUAAUGACCUGAAGAAAGCGAAGAAUCAACUCAAGAACCAGGCAAAAGCUAAAGAAGAAGAAAUAUCUGAAUUACAAGCUCAGAUCGAGUUGCUUGAGGCACAGCUUACGGGUAGAGAAAACAAAAAUCUGGAAAAAAUCCAUGCGUUGACUGAUGAAAAUGGUGCAUUGAAAGGAAAACUGAAGAAGCAUGAAGAAGUGAUACUCGCGAUGGAAGCGCAUGAAGAUGCUGCUGAAUGGAAAACCCAGUUCCUUCAAGCCAACGAACAGAUUUCCGUUCAUGUGACAACUAUCUCUUCCCUUGAAAGAGACAAGAUUCAAUUGCUGCGAGAUGUUGCCGAACGGGACAGGAUGAUAUCAAAGAUUAAACGGAAGCUUGGUAAAAUCAGUGGAAAAUCCAAGCGCCCUGAACGUCGCGAAGCUUCGGAAAAUGAUGAUACCAGCUCCGUACCAACCGCGUCAGAAGCUGAAGAAAAUCUUGCUCAUGCUGCGGACGGUGUAGAAAAUCAACGAAUCAUUGCAUCUUUGAUGGAGGAGGUUGAUGAGUUGCGUACCAGGGCUAGUGACAUGGAAGUGAUCAAUUUCGGUGGCAUGACGGAUUUAGUGCAAGAAUUAACUUCGAAAGACGCGCGUAUCUGCGAUUUGGAAAAUGAUCUGCAAGAUUUGCAGGCGAAAUUGGCCGAUUUUGAAGUGGAGAUAAGCGAGAAAACGGCGUUCAUUGAUGAUUUAAACGAACAGCUUGAACUCAAGAUCAGUUCAGGAGAAAGAACUGAAGCAAGAUGCCUCAAGCUAUGCGAAGAACUGGAAAAUUUGAAGCUCCAGGCCAACGAGCGAUUAUCCUCGCUUGAGGUAAAGGAAGAGGAAUUGCAGGACGCGAAAGAGGAAUUGAAGAAACUUGAGGAUUUGUUGCAAGUCAAAGAGCAGUAUGAGAAUGAGAUUGAAAGCUUGAGGAAUGCCGUUAAAAAUCUGGAAUCUGACAAGGCGGCGUCUGAAGAAACUGCUGUUCGACUCCGUUUGGAGCUCGCGGCAAAGACAGCUGCGUUCGAUAGUUUGACAAUUGAAACAGACAAAAAGUUACAAGAUCUGAUGGAUCAGGUGUCACAAGGUGACGAAGAUGAGAUUCAUCGCGCCGCCAAGAGGGAAAAUUUGGAGUCGCAGUUAAAAUCGCUUAAUUAUGAGCUUGAUGCAGCUCGUGCUGAGAUUCAGGCUAAAGCCGUCGAACUAGAAGAGUUGACUGAGUUUGCCGGAGAGAAAGAGAAACUCACGGCUUCGUGUAUCGACGAAUUGAAGCUCAAAGUCGAAGAACUUGAAAAGUCUUUGUCUGAAACAAGCGAAAAGUUCCACCAACAACAGGAGACCAGCGCUGAACUUUCGAAACUACUCGAAGAAACUCAGGCUAUUGUUGUGGAACGAGAGCAAAAAAUUUCAGAGCUCGAAAACCGUGUCGAUGUCCUGGAACUUCAGCGUGCUGUUUCAAGAGAAAUAGUGAUGCAAGAUCGCGCCACUGACGCUGAAGCGGUUUCAGAACUGAUAUCCGAGAGAGAUCUGCUCCAAAGCGAUGUACUUUUGAUGGCUUCUGACGCCUCAAAAAUGCUGAUGGACGGCGCAGAGCAGAUUCAAGAAAAUGCUGUGUUGAGAAAAGAAUCAAUUGCGUUGAGUGAAGAACUGGCUGUUGCCCGGAGCAGAAUCGAUCAACUCCAGGAUGAGCUGCGUCACCAAAAGGUCGCUGUGAACGAAAUGCAAACUGAGGCUCUAAAUUGUGAGCUUGAAGACUUGACCAAACGAUUGGAAACAGCUUUAGAAGAAUUGGAACAUACUAGGAAAAGUUUAGAAAAUGCUCAUCGCGAGAAAAAGAAAAUUUUGCACGAUCGGGAUGAAGAAGUUGUUCAUGCUGAGAAGCGAAUUGCGGAAUUGCUCGCUGACUUUGAAUCACAAUCGGCGAAUGCUCCACGUCCGUCGCCUCAAUUUGUACCCGAUGCGCUACAAAGUCGCUUGGAAUCAAUUUUCCGAAAAUUUUGCAUUUUUGUUCGUCAAGUUUCUGGUGUGUGUGACAACGUCUGCAAGGAAAAAGUGGGUGGAAGCGAAAGGGACGAAUGGGGAGAUUGGGAUUCUAACGUAUCUGACACGGAAUACGCCGAAAUCCCAUGGUGGAAGCAGUACCUGGAAGAGCCGGAACGGUUCAACGUUCUUCCUGAUUUCUGGGAGAAAAUGCGAGUUUUCACCGAUUUCGUCGACACGGUCUUGCUAGAUGAGAUUGAAACCCUUCAAAUGAACCGUGACGAGUUGAAGCAAGACCUUGAAAACGUGUCUCAAUCUUCCAAUUGGCGUCAACGCACUGACUCCGAAGUGGCAAAUUUGCGUGAGCAGCGAGAUUCUCUCACCGUUCAACUAAGUGCUAUGACGGAUGAAAUGCUCGAAAUGCGAUACAAGUGUGAUGAUAAAGAGGGAACAAUUCAGGCAUUAAUGGAAGAGAAGAACGAAUUGGAGCUUCGGUACGACCGGUUGAUGGUGAAAACGCAAAACAAGGAAGCUAGACUCCACGCAGAUCAGCAGGCUUUCCUGCGUGCUUCUCCAAGCUUUUCCGUGGGUGAAUUGCAGAACACUUUGCAUCGAUUAAGUUGUGAAGUGUUCCCGAGAUUCAUUGCUGGCGAUGAGCCGGAGAGCGAAGCCGUAAUAGGAGGUGCAUCGUCAUGUCCAAAUUUCUCUGCUGAACAAGCGUCUGUGAUAACCAUGGAAGAAGCUGUGAAAGAAGCUUUGCUUCAACUCCGGAAACGUUGUUUUGAAAUGCGUUCGGAAGAUGGGGAAGAUGCCAGCAUAGACGUUUUAGACGAGCUAAAGGACAAAUGCAUCAUGCUGAAAGAGUCCUUGGAAGAAGCUCGUUCUGAUGCCGAAACAAAAUCUCGUCGAAUUCAUGAUCUUCAAGAGUUGAAUAGACGUCUUUUGAAUACUACUCGAGAAUUUAACGACUUCGCGGUUGCUGCUAAAAGCACUAUGAACGUUAUCCGUCAAGAAGCACUAGGAAUGAAGAAAGACUGUCAACGGGGUGCUGCUGUAGUAAUGGAGCAAUUUAUGCGCCUGAGCAUGACAUUACAAGAUCGUAUUGUGGCAACUGCCCACGUGUUACGAGCGAGAGAAGAGAUUGAACAGCAAUAUCAAAAUGAGCUACGUAUCAUGAAAGAGCAUUUGGAUGAUGAGAAAGAUGAAAAUGAACGUUUAUCAGAGAAGAUCAACGGUUUGGAGAAAUGUGUCUUCAGCGAGCACGUCGAAAAUCAGGUCUUCGAACAGGAUAGCGAAAUCGCCCGCUUGAAGUCGGAGUUGGAGAAAUCCGUAAUGGAAACAGAAACGCUGAAAAUCCAACUGACUGACGUGAGAAAAAACCUCCAUGCGCUGCAGGAUUCAUACAAUGAAAUGCAGAAGAAUAUCCCCUCGGCUCCUGAAUGCGAAAGAUCGUUAGAAGGAGGUCAUGCUCUAUCUGCCGAACUGAAAUCUCAGAAAGCUGAAUACGAUGCCCUGAAAGUCAAGUAUACCAAAGCCUUGCAUCGCCUGAAGCAAUUGAAGACUGCAGGUGUUGCAUCACCUGCGCAUUCACAGGAAAGUGGAAGAGAUUCACCUCAACUCACCCAAUCGCUUGCCAAAGUACCCGACAUUAUUGCAAAGAACGAAGAAAUAGCGUCACUGAGAAGUGAACUUGACCGUGUGAUCCAAGCAAAAGGUGAAAUAUCCUCCAAGUUGGAAAUUUCAGAACAAUCGCUGAUGAAAACUCGAAUGGAAGUUGAGGUCUUGCGCGGUCAAGUUGGCAGCGAAGAUGUCGACGCUGGAUCAGGAGGAUUGAAAUGUACCAAGGAAUAUUUAUCGGAAAUGCUUGAAUCGAAAGAACGAACGAUGAUGGAAGUUGUUACGCAGCGCGACGCUCUGAUUAAAGAGAAGGAAGUUCUACAAGUGCAUAUGGAAGAGAUGCAAACCAAGCUUGCAAACCUAACUGAAGAGAAUUCGCUGCUCCGAGAGAAACUGAGUUUCUCUAAUAAUGAGCUGCAAUCCAAAGAAGUAGCCAUUACUGAAUCAAUAACACAACGGGACUCUCUGAAACAAGAGAAAGAAUCCCUUGAAAUGCGUGUUGAACAAGUUCAAGAAAACCUUGCGGGUGUAACCAUGGAGAAUGCGUCGCUGCAGGCGGAAUUAACUUUCUUCAAAAACGAGCUCGAACGAGUUCAAACAGAUGUCGAUAAUAUUCGGGAAACUUCGACGGUUCUAACCACCGAUUUACAAGCUGCUAGAGCAGCGAAAGACCUAAUCAAUAACGCAUUAAUUGAGCGUGAUAAUCAGAUUCAGCUACUGAGUCAAGAACGAGUCCAGCUUGACCACGAGAUCUCCUCGUUGAAUUCUCUGAUCGAAGAUUUAAGUCGCGUGCAGAUGGAAAACUCGGACUUGCUCGCAUCCAAUAUGUCACUUUUGGCUGAGAAGGAUUCCCUGCUAUUGUCUGUACAAGAACUACGCAGUACAGUUGCAUCGCUUACGGAUGAAUCUGACAGUAAACUGGAAGAGAUGGAAGACAACAAACUCAGAUAUGAAGCCCUUUCAGAGCUGCUACAGACUCGGGAGAAGGAACUCGAAGAUGAACGUAAUUCGCGAACUGAGCUUCAUGAACGCGUAUUGAAGUUGGAAGAAAAUCUGAGUGCGUCUGAGCAUCAAAUUCAGUCUAUGACUGAAGACAUCACCAGCUAUAAAGCUAAAAUUCUCGAGUCCGAUGAGAAGCUGGAGCAACUGGAUGCUGAGCACGAAGAACUUAUCGCAGCUUUGGAGAGCAAGAUGAAAGGUUUUCGAGAUGAAUUGGCUUUUGAAAAAGAAAAAGCUCAAACUUCCGAAACUCUUAAUGAGGAAAUCGCAGUUCUUCAACGUCAGCUGAAAGAAUUCGAAGCUUUAUUAAAUAUGAACGAAGAAGAGAAAAAUGAGGUUGAUGCGACAAAUUCUCAGUUGGAAGAAGAUUUGGAUGCACUUCGUGGCAAAAACAAUGAGCUAUCGUGCAAACUCGUCUCUUUCGAUGAAGAACUACAGAGUUUGAAAAAUGUACUCCAAGAAACCUCCGCUGAUCAACUAGCUAAAAUGGAUGACCUUCAAAAUCUGAAAAAUAAUCUUGAGGAUGUUAAUCGAGAUUCUGCGGCAUUGUCUUCUGAAAACGAAGACUUGAAGAAUCGACUAGAAGAUUUAAUCGAGAAAAUGAGCCACGUUCAAGAAGAAAAUGAAGCAUUGAAGGUCGAACUUAUAACAUCCUCGAAGGACUUAUCUGGUCUGCGAGAAGAAAAUCUGAAAUCCCGCGAUGAAAUGUCGGUUCGUCUCGCCGAGAUCGAACAAGAACGAGAACUAAGUCUUUCAGCCCAGCGUGUCCAGUUCUUGUCCGAAAUCGAAGGCCUACGGGAAAGCAUUUCUGCUGCGCAUUUCGAGCGAGACCGAGCUUUGGAAGAAUUGCGAGACGUCAAAGAAAAGAUCAACGUUCUGGAGGAUGCCCGCGAAGAAGUCAUCGUAACAGACGAAAAAUUAAAUCUCGAAGCCACCAUUAAAGAUCUGGAAGGCAAAUUAGCUUCACUCUUUGCGGAAAGGGACUCCAUUCUGAAUUCGAAACAAGCCGCUGAGGAAAAGAUCGUAACCUACGCUUCACUAACCGACACUCUUCAGAAUCAUAUCGAGGAACAUGCGAAAGAACGUUCUUCUCUUUGUGCUGACUUGGAUGAACGCAUUGCGGAGAAUUUAAGUUAUUCGCAAGAACUCGAAGCCCUGAAAGUCGAGAACACCAAGUAUUCGGAAGAAGUAGAAAAGCUGAGAGCAGAAUUGAAGAAUAAUGAGGGUAUGAAUCUUCAAGAAGCGGCUUCUUCAAAUAGCUCGAUGGAAGUUGAGAUAUCACGACUGACAUUGGAAAAUGAGCAACUUUCUCGUGCGAAUACUGAGCUCCAAGAUCAGUGUGCCGGCUUGGCGAAUGAAGUUGAAACCCUUCAGAGUUGGUUGGGUCGAUUUAAAGAUUCUAACGUUGAUCAUCAAAGUAAAGAGAAAGAUCUGGCUGUGGAAAAUCAAGACCUUCUGCGUCGGUUAGAAGAUCUCGAAGCAAAGCACGUAGACGCAUUUGAUUUGAUGGCUGAAAAGGAUCGCUUGGAAUCUGCGUAUGAAGAAUUGAAGUCUGCCAAUGAUUCCAUGUAUGCAGAAUACGCCGAAAUGCAAAACCGAUACGAUGCAUUGAAGUUCGAACUUGAUUUGGCCCGAUCUGAGAUGGCGAGGUCGAAGGUUGUGCAAGUUGAUGAGAAGGAAUUAGCCGAACUCCGAUUGGCUGUUGUUGACAAAGAUGUUCUCAUUUCCGAGUUGGAAAGUCGACUUGAAACUCAAGAUUUCGAAGUUGAGCAGACGAAAGAAAUUGAAAUCCAGGAGCUGAAAAAUGAGCUGUUGACAAUAAGAAAAUCCCUGAGAGAACAUGAAGACCAAUUUUUGGCGAAGGUUGAAGAAGAAGAAAAUUUGAAUCGCCAGAUCGAAGAAGUCCAGCGCCAGCUUGCGUCAAAACUCGCCGAAGCAUCUGAGAAAGACUUAUGCAUAUCAUCUUUGAAGGCUGAAUUGGAAGAUUUACGCGAAUCCCAUCAACAAGCCGAUUUUGCCUCAGAGAAAGAGCAUCUGGAUCAGCAGUUCGAGGUCAUUCCGCAUUCAGCGGUUCACGAUCAGCUCCUCAGCGCUGUUCCAGGAGGGCGCCAGCUGAGCCACCUGCAAAAUUUUUCUGACAAGGAUGCAGAAUACAAUUAUCACCUCGUGUGCAUGAAACUUGAAGAAACCCGGAAGGAAAAUUUCCAGUUAACCAAACAGGCCCAGGAUGCCGAGGCAGCCUUGAAAAGGUGCGUUGGAGAUUCCGGCGACGCCAAGCAAGCGUAUAGAUUGGUAGAAAUCGAGGCCUUAUUGGAAGCUGCCAUUUCGGAGAGAGAUCAAUUGAAAGAGCAGAGGAAGGAGUUGGAUGAUCAGCUCAAUUUGUUGAGGAGGAGGAAUGAAUUACUCUUGAACGAAAUGUCGGAUCAAUGGGAUCAGAGUGUGGAAGAAGAGAGAAGAAUUGCUGCUGGCGUUACGCCGGAUGAAGCUAUGAAGAUGGAGUUGGAUAACACAAUUUCAGCGCUACAUUCUCGGGAUGUUCGUUGCGAAGAACUUGCUUUUGAAGUCACUAGUCUAACUGAAGAACGCGAUAGCCUUCAAAUCCAAUUGUCCAGUGCGCUCAAGCGAGAGCUGGAGCUGCGAAAAGAGCUGAAAAAAGAAAUGAGCUCUCUCACCCACGCCCUCGCAACAGCGGCAAGUCCUUCGAGCCAGCCAUCUGCUGAUGAUGACGUAGAUAUUAACGCAGAUGCGGAAGUCGCUAGAAGGAUCGGGGAAUUGCAGCAGUUGAACUACAACCUAGACGUCCAAUUGGCGACCGAACGCGAAGCGAGGAAGAAGCUUGCAGAGAGAUUAGAACGUCGGAGACGACGUCUCGGUAAAGCAUCAGUUCCUCUCAGAGCCUCUCCCGCUGGACAGACAGAUAUGGAAUUCGUGGUUGCAGAUAAAGAGGUUACCAGAACCUAUCUCUGCUACGGUGAUGAUGAACUCGGGAAAGAGUUGGAUCGCCAGUGGGACUGGGAAUAUUCGGACACGGGACUCGUGAUUUAUUCAAAUCUUUUAUUUCGUCCGUACUCCGUGGUUUUGUGGCAACAGUUGCUGCUAACUAUUGUCAUGGAGGAGUCGUUCAUGGAUGCUGAUCUCUCGGAAAUUGACAGAAUGUUAGCUAGGCAACGAAACUUGAAGGAUGCCAUCACCCCGAGAAAAGCUCCUAUGAGAGAAGUAGAUGACACCGUCGAGCAACAAAAAACUUCGACGUUUAGUUCCGCCACUAAGGAACGAUUGAAGAAAAUGGGUAAGAUCUUCCGUGAGGGAGAUGAUGAAUCGGAGUUGGAGAGUCCUCUUCCUCCAUCGCGUGGGCGAGAGAUCAUCGAAAAAGAAAAUUUACUUCCCGAGCUGCGUCCAUCACGCAAGGAAACAACCGUUUCGGAGGAGUAUAUUGAUGGACGUAGAAGGAGACUUGCCGGCUUAGCUUCACUCGUUCGGGAUCGUGAAGACGAUGACGAGCACCUGGGUUCUCACGAAUAUCAUUCUUUCGUUCCAAAAAGUUCUGAUAGCCCAAGGAAGGAAGUAGCCCGGAAGCCACCGCGCAAGUCGCUGACAUCCCCUGCGCCCAAUUCUGGCCCAGUUGCAUCCAACGGAAAGAAUGAAAAAGAAGAGUUGCCCUCAAAAAAAUUGAAUUGGGAUCCGAAAGUAAUCGACAAGCUGGAGUCGCAAGGAUUCAAGAAAACCACGUCUCAAUCCCGUCUGCAGUACGAAUUUGAUCUGAAGAGGAGCGAGAUUGGUGGUCAGUCGUCACCCAGAAAAACUGCAACAAACAAUGCUGCCUGUGAAGAUGUUCCCCCGGAGUCAGUGACGUCAUUAGCAAAAAAAUUCGACGCCCGUGGCGAUGUAUUACCUAUUCCGAAGCAGUCGUCCUGUGCUUCUCAAACAGUCCAAGUUCCUAGUGUAAACGUUGUCAAACCUGCGGAACCAACGCCCGAAACUUCGACCCAAAGCGUUCAGCCUUCAAAAUCUGUGUCAGACAUGGUGAAGAACUUUGAGGGCAAGAUCGAUUUCGUCCCUCCUGUUGCCGUCGAUCCCGCGACUCUCACUUUAUCGCAGAAGAUGAAAUUGUUCGAGAAAGCGCAGCAAGAACAAGCGAAAGCUGCGGGAAAGACCGUGGCGCCCGCUAAACCUAAUCCCACGAAACAAGGCGGACCCCCGAAACCACCGAGAGAUCCUGCUAUUCAACAAGCAACGAAGCCUUCAGUGAAUCAACCGGCGGUGUCCGAGCCCAGUUCCCAGGCAGCAGUGGUGGAAGCCGUGCCUGCUGGGCCGAACACUGUGAUGGCACAGAGAAUUUUGUUUGAGAAUGUUGAAGAUGGUUGGAGGAAUAACGAAAUUGCCCAGAAAACAUUCGAACAGAAGAGGAAAGACAUGGAAGUCGUUCUGAAUCGUUUUCAACGGCCAGUUGAAGUUUGUGUCGCUGAACCGCGCUCGGCAGUUGCUACUGAAAAUGCUGUUCCCGCUUGGCGAAGAACAAUUCAACCUGCUCCGAAUCCUGUGCCACUGAUGGCUGGUUAUAUUCCUACGCCUCCCCCGCUUCCAUCAGCUCAUGUGCAAUCGUCAAUUCCAGCCAACGUUGAAAUCGAAACCACUGUGCCUUCGAACUCGAAGCCGCCUCCAGCAGUUGAAAAUUCGAGUCAUGAGGAAUAUUUUUCUGCUGAAGAACCCAGGAGUAACGAAACGAAAUACAGGGUCCGAUUCGAAGAGGGCCGACUUUAUCCCUCGUUAGCGGAUGUGGAGAUGGAUUCUGUUGUCGAUGAACCGAUUAGAGAAAAUUAUCAAGAGGUUCAGGAUUCUGAAACGGAAUCCACGCUGUCUGAAGCCACGUAUGAUGCAUCCCAUUCUCGCAUGUCUCGUCAAAUUUCUUACAAAAUUGCGAUUCAAAGUAGAGGUGGCGAUUACGCUGACGAAACUACCGACACGGAGACGAUCAGCGAAUGGGACCGUGAAUCGAUGAUGUCGGAAUCUACCAUAACCUCAGAUGUUCACUACGGACGCGAUCAGAAUUUCGUAGAUACGGAGUCGGACGCGACAAGUCUUUCAUCGUAUCACGCGUCUCCUGGGAAACGAAGCCCUCGACCCGCGUCUCCGGAUCGUACUAGAGUCCGCUUGAACGACCCCCGCACUGAACAUCUCGAGGAUUCUCCGAGUGGAGCGGCGUUGCGUCAUUCUUUGUCCACGUAUAGGCGCCAAAAACCAGAGGUCUUGCUGACACCGAAUUCUAAAAAGAUUCAAUAUCAAUACAAAACCCCAACUAUUGAGGAGUCUCCUGAACCGGACUCGCCGAACACCGCUCGUGUUCAAGCUGCCAUCGCGAAGAAAUCGAUUGCCCUAAGAAUCAAGGAGCUUGAUUUUGAGUCCGGGACGCAAUUGAGCAUUAUGCACCAGGCGAGCAAUGCGGUAACCGUUUGUGCUGGACGCCAAGAAUUCAAGCUUUCCGCUGAAAGGAUUGAAGCUGAAAAGCUAUUGCUCAUCUCCACGAAGCGACAUGCAGCUAUAACGGAAGAAAUCCAGCGCCUCAAAACGGAGUUGGAUAAAGCUGAGAAGGGGGAAACUAAGGCUAACAAUGCAGUCAAGGGCACUGUUACGAUCAGUGGGCUUUCCCUUCAUCUGAAACCCGAAUUUAUUGAAUACAUGUGCGGCGAUGGAGCAGAAUUCGUUCAUCAUUUCAUCAUUCUAAUCCGUCAUCGUGAGAACCUGAUCCCCUCUCAGCUCUUGUCACUGACUUCAUUGAACGUAUUGAAGCAUGGUUGUCUGGUGUUCGACAACGUCGUCAAGCUGACGGACUUGGAAGAAGACUUUCUGGUUCACAUCGAAGUUCACGCAUUGCAAACCAAGCGGGAGUCGAUUGAACAUGAUGUGAAAUAUCACAUCAAGAAAGAGAAGCACAGGAUGAGGUUGACACCAAAGAAAGCGCAUCACGACAAAGAUUCCAUGAAAACUCCUCCAGCUAUGCACAAUAGUCCUGCGAUUGGGCCUGGCGGUUUUCCUGCGAUUAGAAAAUUGUGUUUCGGCCUUGUUGGUGAAGUCACUUUAAGUCUGCAAAGCGUCAAAACAUCAAAGCUCACCUUGAGCAAGGUACCACCUUUGUCGCCACUUUCUGGGAUUUUGUCGCUUCACGUACAAUGUGCGAGUCAGUCGAAUGUGGAAACCUCUGGAUUUCUUACCGUGUUUGAAGAAGUCUCUAAACUUGGCUGUUGGCAAAGACGGUGGUAUGUGCUGAAAGGCAUCUACGUUUUGUUCUGGAAGUACCCUGAUCAACAUCAGAAGAACGAGGCCGCCAUGGGAACGAUCGAUCUUUCAGAAUGCAUCAACCAAGAUUUUCGACCACUGCGCCGCGACCUCUGUGCAAGAAUGCAUUCGUUCGCCCUCGUAGUUUCCCAACCAGCUCACCCUGCUGAUUGUGAUGGGCUGACAACUUUCCGGCGCGGGGAUCGUACCUUGAGAAGAUAUAUUUUUGCUGCUGACACGAGAGAAGAAAUGCACGUGUGGUGCAAGCAACUGAAACGAGCAGUUGAAGACAUCAGAGCUUGGAAUCCGGAUGCCCAACGUGCAAGCCCGGAAAUGUGCGAGGAGUUGAACGGAGUCUAGUAUUACCUAGCUGUGUGGAAAUAUUUUGACUGAUAGACGACCGUUCUGAGUGUUUGUUGGUAACUUUUGGUGUGGUAUCGAUUGCAAAAAUUUCGCUUUGGCUAUUGAGUUCCGCGGAAGGAAUGAGACACUUUUUCUGAUGUAUUUUUCGAAGUUCGAGCUAUUCUCACGCUUCGCGAAAAGUUCCGAUGCCUGCUGUCAUGUUACAGUGACCUCUUCCAGCAUUAGAUAACUUGAUUCAAUUAUUUUAACGAUUUGAAUGCGUUCUCUUUCUCAAGUAUCCCAUCGACUAAAAUAUUUGUGGGAUUAAUUUCCGCGCUCACUCAAUUUUCCAUGUGUGUUGCCUACCUCUCCAUUGUUUAUGUCCGCGCCAUCUGUCAUUAAUUCGAUUUCCUGGGAUGUUGUGAUUGUCUCAAGCAGUUGAUAAUUUCAAGUUGAAGUCGCAAUGGCUCGCUUUUCGUUGGAAGAUAGUGGAUUUUUUUUUGUAGGUGGGAAUCGAUGUCUCUUGUGAAUAACAGAUCAAAUUUUUUUUUUCAGACGUUGAGGAACAAACCAUUUCGAUGGUGCGGACUGUAUGUUGAAAAUAGUUUUAAGAAAUAGACUAGACUUCGCCAAUCGAACAAGGAAACCGAUCUUACGUUGAGGAAAGGGAAUAUUUAGGAACGAACUCAUCAGCGCGUUUUAUGUUUUCUAUAUUCAGUACGAACAUUGAUUUUAUGUUUUGUACCAUGGACAAAUUUAUCCUUGAAAUCGAUAAAAUGCAUCUUCUAUCGGCUUGGUAA